CGGCCGCCGCGGGGCUUGAUCGGGCGACGGUGGCAGCGGCAACUGGUCCUCCUCCUUCUCCCUUUCCCACCUCCUUCGCCUCCUCCCCCUUCCUGGUUGCUUCUCGUCCUCCUCCCCUAGUGGCGGCCCUGAUCCUACGUAAGGGAAUGACUGCCAGGUACGCCAGCGAAAAUAGGGUGCAAGCCCAGAAACCAUUUCUCUACCACCACUUGUUGAGAAACUGAUUUGGAGGCAACUCUGUUUGGAACAGACAGAGGGUGCCCGAAUUUGACACCUCUGUUUUCUCAGAUUGGGAACCCUUCACUGCUAAGUGUCGAGGCAACAAAACUGGAAACUAACUUGACCCUUAUUGAAAACCAGAAUGGAGCGAUUUGUAGUAACAUCUCCUCCUGCUCGAAACCGUUCCAAGACUGCUUUAUAUGUGACUCCUUUGGAUCGUGUCACUGAAUUUGGAGGUGAAUUGCAUGAAGAUGGAGGAAAACUGUUCUGCACUUCUUGCAACGUGGUACUUAAUCAUGUUCGCAAGUCUGCCAUCAGUGAUCACCUCAAGUCCAAGACUCACACCAAAAGAAAGGCAGAGUUUGAAGAACAGAAUGUAAGGAAGAAACAAAGGCCUCUAACAGCAUCUCUUCAGUGCAACAGUACUGCGCAGACAGAGAAAGUCAGUGUUAUCCAGGACUUUGUGAAAAUGUGCCUGGAAGCCAACAUCCCACUUGAGAAGGCUGAUCACCCAGCAGUUCGUGCUUUCCUGUCUCGCCAUGUGAAGAAUGGUGGCUCCAUACCCAAGUCAGACCAACUAAGGAGAGCUUACCUCCCUGAUGGGUAUGAGAAUGAGAAUCAGCUCCUCAACUCACAAGAUUGUUGACAGGGAGGUUACCAUCAUUGUGAACAAGACAAAUGACGUGGAGUAUUAAAGUUAUGUGUUGAUUGUGUGGUUCAUUUUUAUAUUUAUUUCAUUAAAAUCAUGUGAUACAGAA